AUGGGUAGAGCUACGACAUCUAGAUCAAAAAAGCAAAGACAUGACCCUCUUUUGAAGGAUAUUGAUUCUGCCUCAGGAAGUCUUAAGAAAAUCAAGAGAAGAUCCAAUAUGGAGGAAGAAGAAGAAGAUAAGCAAGCAGAAGACUUCGUUGAUUCUAGAACCUCUAGAAAGAUUCUACAACUAGCAAAAGAACAACAAGAUGAAAUCGCUCAGGAAGAAGAUGCAGAAACUCAAAAGGAACUUCAGAAUGCAGCCAGAUUCAAACAAAUCAACUAUGACAGUGAUGAAGAGGAUGACGAUGAGGAUGAAAGAUACGAUAAUAUCUCUGAUUUUGAGCCAGAAGGUGAAUACGCUGAAGUUGAAGAGGAAGAGGAAUUGAUUGAGAUUGAUGAAGAAGACGCCGCAAUGUUCGAAAACUAUUUCAAAAAGCCAGCCGAUUUUAAUUCACUUGGUGGAAGUUAUAACUUAGCUGAUAAAAUCAUGGCAUCCAUCAGAGAAAAGGAAGCAGAGGUUGAGGAACAGAGUAUGAAUGAUGAUAUAGACCUACCCACCGUUGUUGAAAGAAGGCCUGCUGAUGGUGUCGCAUUACCAGAAAAGGUUAUCAGAGCCUAUACAACUGUCGGUUCUAUUCUAAAGACAUGGACACAUGGUAAGCUUCCAAAACUAUUCAAAGUCAUCCCAUCAUUGAGAAACUGGGUCGAUGUCCUUUACGUUACUGAUCCACCUUCAUGGUCACCACAUGUUGUUUAUGAGGCAACGAAAUUAUUUGUCUCCAAUUUAUCCGCCAAAGAAGCUCAAAAGUUCAUCAACUUAGUGCUAUUGGAACGUUUCCGUGAAAAUAUAGAAACUACUGAUGAUCAUUCUUUAAACUACCACAUUUACCGUGCUCUUAAAAAGUCUUUGUAUAAGCCAAGUGCUUUUUUCAAAGGCUUCCUAUUUCCUCUGGUGGAGACCGGUUGUAAUGUUCGUGAAGCCACUAUUGCAGGAAGUGUUUUAGCAAAGGUAUCUGUUCCAGCAUUACACUCUUCAGCUGCGUUAAGUUACCUGUUGAGAUUACCAUUUUCUCCAGCUACAACAGUUUUCAUAAGGAUUUUACUAGACAAAAAAUACGCUUUACCGUAUCAAACUGUUGAUGAAUGUGUGUAUUACUUUAUGAGAUUUAGAAUUCUAGAUGACAGCAGUAAUGGCGAUGAUGCUACAAGAGUACUACCGGUGAUAUGGCAUAAGGCUUUCUUGAUUUUCGCUCAACGUUACAAGAACGAUAUUACAGAAGAUCAAAGAGAUUUCUUGCUGGAAACCGUUCGUCAAAGAGGUCAUAGAGAGAUUGGACCAGAAAUUAGAAGGGAAUUAUUAGCUGGGAAUGCAAGAGAAUUUGUUGAUCCAAAUGAAGUGAAGGAUUCUAUGAUGAUUGAUGUUCAGUAA